CGCCAGCAGGAGGCGCAAGCGGCGACAUUCUCCCCGCUGUACGCCGCUCUGUGGUCGCAGCACUUCCGGGCCGGGCGGCGGCCAUGGCGGCGGGCGGCAGGAAGGCCGUGUACCCCUUAUUCCAGCUGGGCGGCCCCCAGCUGCGGAUUUUCCGCCCCAACUUCUUCAUGUUGGCAGUGCGGCCCGGCGUGCCGCAGCCCGAGGACACCGUGCAGUUCCGCGUCUCCAUGGAAAUGACAAAAGUGGAUAUCAGGAAUUACCUUGAGAAAAUCUAUAAUGUGCCAGUAGCUGCUGUGAGAACCAGGAUACAGUAUGGUAAGUGCAGUUGAACAGUUCAAAGGGGU